AUGGGCAUCAAGCACAGCGAGAUUCCCAUUGCUGCAUGCCUGGUGGUGGGUGCCAAUCAAAUUCAACAGGAAUGCCGCAUCACAGUCCGAUCAGAACGCGGAGGGCUGUCGGCACAGGACAUGGCAGAGCUUACAGAAGGCAACCCUGCGGUGCCCUGUGGUGAGGCGACCACCAGCACUAUGCUGCAACCCAGGAUCGGAGAUGCUUCUGCGUGGACCUUCCAGGUGCCGCAAGGGACUACUACCCUUGGCUUCACUACGGCUAGCACCGACUCUGGAGCACAACGGCUACUGAAGGUGUGCUACUGUGAAAACUACGCCAGCGCUUCCUCUGAUGGUGCUUGUGGAGCAGCGGACUGGCAGCACGCAGGAACUCUCUCCCUGGUCGGCUUUGCUGGGGAUGCGGUGCCUGAGGUUCACUGCUAUCGGGGGCAGCUAUGCCGGCUGAGCCGUGCAGAAGCAUUCGGGAUGGGCACCGGAGAUUCCGUGGUGGCAGUCGCUGGGAAUUCAAGUUGUGCAAACUUGGACGGCAAGGUCUUUAGCUCCACGUCCUUAGUGACUCUGCUCGGAGACACCACCGCCAGAGUGGGUGUUGACAUUCAAGAUUAUGAGAAUGACAUGGCCACGGUUUGCUACUGUUCAGCGGCAGUUCAUGGAAUUUUCGCUUGUCAGAACGGCCAGGGCAGAUUCUUCAACAUGCUGAUGGGCUACGUGCGCUCCAGUGGCUUGGGAGGAGGUCUCCGCUUCGAUUGCGUCCCGUCCGCGUCGCAGUGCCCCAACGAGCCCGUUCUGCUGCAUGGCGAGGAUGCCGAAGUCGCCAAGAGGGGCAAUCUGUUCCUCACAGAGAUGAAGUAUAGACCGUGUGAUGACUUGUUUGCAUCGUCAGUUCAGCAAUCAUCGCUGGUGACGGUGGGACAGUCAGUCAGGGUGGAAAUGCCAUGGCCCCUACAGUCUGGCUCCUAUGCACUUUGCUUUUGUGAGGGCAACCUCGGCUGCCCUGGCCAGGCUGGACAGCAGAGCGUCUCUCUACAACAUGUCGGCGAGCUGCGCGUGUUGGGGGCAGUGAGGUCAGUUGUGCUUUCUGCAGAUGUUGGCUUUGCCACAAUUCCUCUCAAGGUGCGUGUCGAAGCAGCCUCGUAUGGGAUCAGAUGCUGUGCACAGCUUGGGGUGCACAACGUGCACCAGGAGUGUAAAGACUUGAUCCCCAUCCGGCAAGAGGUGCUGUCGUACCCGAGCACUCACUGGUUUCCAGUUGUUCUCUCGGAGCCGCUGGACCUGGAGAUCACGGACGGGCAUUCCACGCUCUUGAACAUCACCUGCGCUGCCAUGGGAGAGAGUGGAGCCUGCGCACAGAACGGGACCGGACCGGGGCUUGACUCCUUCCCAUGCCGGCAGCCAGAUGCGUUGCCUCUGUCGCUUCAACUGCCGGUCCGACCGUUGUCUUGGGCACGGCGGCCUUGGCGACGUCCUGUUGGCGGGGCCCUGGGAACGGAGGAGAUUGCGGAGCUGAGUGGCUUAACUUCGCAGAUGAAGGCCGUGCCGUCGCCUACGAAUGAUGCAGAGCUUCGGGGGAUUUGCGAUCGCCUCGAAACUGCGGACGGCAGUUUCCACAGCUUGCCCUGCAAGGCCAUGGAGUGCACGGACCAGAACUACGCUCGUGGCCUCGUCCCAGGAGAGCAUGAGCUCUGCAUCUGCGAGGCAGCGGCCGUGACAGCUUUGCACGACUGCAAGGGCUGGCAUCGUUUGGGGCAUCUGGAAAUCUUCGGACCUUAUCCCCUCACCGACGUGGUGCACGGGUCCGUCGGCGUCCUGACCAAGGUUGCCUUGACCGGCUUGGGCUUCAGCCCCGAGGACAGCCUCAUCUCGGUGCCCGUCACCUCGGGAAGCAUCGAUCCAGGAACUGCCUGCAUCGGAAACGGCCGACUUCUCCCUGCGCAAAGCACCUUGCACAGUCCCACGGAAUCGACUGCAACUUCGAUGCAAUUCGAGGUGCCCUUUGCCGAGGGAACACACGCCUUGUGUUGGCUGCCUGCGGGAAACGCGAAGCUUCCACACUAUGUUGGAAGUGCGGAUAUCUUUGGCGAGAGGACAGAUUUCAACGGCUGCUUGGUCGGGCCUUGGCGUCAUCGCACGCAUUGCUCCGCUACUUGCGGCAUGGGGAGUGAGCUGUGGCAGCGACAGAUCGUGGGUAUGCUCAACAACGACGCGCAAUGCCCGGAGCUUGAGGAGGAGCGCCCUUGCAUGGGUCCUCCCUGUGCUGCGACGGUGGAUGACUGGCACACCGACCCGGAAAGGCCUUUCGCAAGCGCAGCUUUUGAGCUACAUCUCACCGGAAGCAACCUGACCGGCGACUUGCAGGGAGUCCUCAUCAAGGAUGAAGGCGCAGCUUUGGGCCCGGCUGACGGACAAGGUCUAUGCCGCUACGACUCGACGGUCGUCGCGAGGGGGGCGUGCUCCACUGCCCCUGGCCUCACAGAGGCCACUGACCAGGUCUGCAGAUUCGAAGAAGGGCCGCCUGACGAUGGCACGCAUCAGGUGUGCUUGUGCAUGGCCGCCACGGACGGAAGGUGCUUUGCUUUCCUUCCAGCCCUUGGCAGCAUCAGCAUCGAGCUCGGCGUUGUACCAUUGCUUGAAGAGGAGAGCCAAUCUGCAGCGGGCGUGGCUGUGGCAGUGGUCGCGGUCCUUGUUGGCCUGUGUGUGGCCCCACUGCUGGCGUGUCCGGGUCUUCGAAGGAAGCUCAUCAAAAGAAUCAAAAGGAGAUGCUGUCGCCAGCCAGACUCCAAGGUCUCGGCAAUUCCGCGUGAUGAGAAGGGAGAAGAUGUUGAAGACAUAGACGGGGACGACGAGGUAGUGAGCAAAGAGGGUGGAGGGCAGCCGGAGGAAGAACCGCAGGGCGAGCUGACCCCACGCACGGACAUCGACGGACUGAAUGAGCAGAUGGAGGCACCUCCCACUCCGGAUCAUUCUGAAAAAGAGAGGUCCCCUGGGUUAGCAGCUUUCGAGGACAUUCCGCAGCAGCCUGAAAUCAUCGAGCCUCCCCCAGACAGCAGGGAGCAAGCAGAUGCCGAGGAAAGUGAGGCUUCUCUGACCAGCCCGCCGUCCACAACGAAGUCCCGCAAGGACCGGAAGAAGCGCAAGGAAGAGCGUAGAAAGGCCAAGGAGGAGAAGAAACAAGCGGAGGCACUCGCAGAAGGCUCCUCACACUUGCAGCUGCCGCGACCGCUGCCGCCACCUCCACUGCGGUCGCCUCCCAAGAAAACGCUGCCUGCCCUGCCCUUCAACCCUUCCUUCCAUAGCGAAGGCAGCGCCAGAAGCCCUGCGGCUGUCGAAGCCCUGGCAAAGGCUACAGCCAUUCUGCAAGCAGCACAGCGCACCCAGAAAUUCAAGAAUCUCACUGCGCCGCAGGAUGAUGCGGGCCUGAGCGCAUAUGGUCUAAGCAUGAAGGCUUUGUCUAAAGCCAUUGCUGGCCGAGAUGUCGAGGUUCUGAAGAAGGCGCUGCAGGAUGCCGAAGCAGCUGGAGUUGGGAUUGAGCUGCUGGAGAAGGCGAGGGAGCGCCUUGGCGAGCUGCAGGACGCAGAAGCUCGUUCAGAUGCAAUCGCACAUCUCCAGGCAGCCAUCGCUGCAGCCGACACGGCGCUGCAAAGCACGAUGCCGGAAGAAGGAAUCAGGUGUGCUAUCGAGGAUCUCGGACGAGCUGUACUGAGAGCCGAAACCUGUGAGGUCUCUCCGGACUUGGUGCAGCAAGGCCGCGACAAGCUCAAGGAAUGCCAGCAGCGACUGGAAGCGCUGGAAGCUGGCCGAGCGGAAGCUGCUCUCCUCGAAGCGAUGAAGGGCAGCGACAUGUCGCAACUGGAGCUCGCGAUCGACAGGGCCAGCUCUGCUGGCGUUGGCCCAGAGGCAAGCAUUACGACGAAGCAAGGGUCCAGCUAG